AUGGAAUCUCAGAUGCAGAACCAAGCACGCGAAGGAAUGAGAAUGUUGAUUGAAAGUGAGGCUGAGAGAUUGGCUGACCUUCCUUACGGCUCCGACAUGAGCAACGAGCUACUGCAAUUCCUGGGAAGCUUUGCGACGAAGAGCUCUUUUCUGGGAGAGUCACUCAGCCGAAAUCUACAGGUUGACUCUGCUGCAAAGGCGUUCCAUCUGUCUACCGUAGUUAAAUCGCUAUCGGAUCGCCUCACUGCCGAACCACUGCUCUCACCAAGCAUGAACGAGAUCUUGCUCUGGAUUCUUGUGAAAAGAGCGGCGAAGUAUGGGACGUACCUGGCAUCCGACAUCAAAAACACGAUCGGAAGCGAAAAAUUCCAUGAGAAUCUGGUAAACAGUUUAAAGAACUCGCGCCUACCCCCGCUGUCGUCAUUGGAUCUCCCUUCAUCGCAGACUGCUCACCUCUUUCGACCAGCUAGCCAUCCCGCGUUCAGUAGGACAGACUACUCCAGCCUCUUACCACCUGCGGAGUUGCAGCAGAUGGCAGUUUCCUCGUCGACCGGUUUUAGUAGUGUUAUCACUGCGCCGGGUAGUGAAUACAGCACGGGUUCUGUCGACCCGACCUUGGUUCGUGUGGAGUCUGUAACGGUCGACUUUCACUCUGCCGUGCAAGCACGACUACAGCGUUUGCAAGAUAUUUGUCAAGACUCGAGGAGCGCGUACAACUCGUUUUUUGAGAGGAUCAGGACGGAGAUCUACUUGCUGCAGAUCGGUACAGCCGAUGUACGAGUACUAACGGAAGUAUCUCGUCUGUGGUCCCAACAACGGUUUUGGGUAGAUCCCAUCAGCCCCCGUCACCAAGCCAUAGGGUAUUUGCUGCCUCAAACUCGUCGUAUGGACUCAAACGAAAUCCUACUACAGCUUGCGGCUGCUAUGCUGAACGAUAGGUGUAUGCGAACAGUCGAACACCAAUCAACCGCGAAGAUGAUGAUAGGAUCCCUUCAGAUGUGGGGCGAAAAAGAGAAUCAAGAGAGAAUUGCAGGCACCGAUUUAUCGUCCACAUCGCAGCAAAACAUAUCGUCUUCUGGCUCAUCCUUUCCUGAAACAGUUUCCGAUGGACUGUUUACUGCCGAUCUCAAGGAAAGUUCCGUUGAUGUCUUUGUAUAUGGAAACCCCAGAAUCCAUGUUGUAAUGCCGCGUUAUGUGGGCAGUUUGUCUCUAGUAGUAGUUGGUGUGACAGUAUCCUGUUGGGGUCCUGGGGUUCAAGCUCUAGGCAAAGGCCUGAUCCGCGAUCCGACGAAGCAGAUUGUAACUCAUGCGCGUAUCGGCGAAAGUUUCGGCAAGACUCGACCACAAACCAGCGCUCAAGCGCUGAAGUUUGCCAGGAUCAGAAACCAAUUCUCAAAAUAUCUUGAUCAUAAGGAGAUUUACGAUGCAUGGUGA